CAAACGCGAACACUGGCAGCCAUGGUAACUGUUGGACGCUUAGCUAGGCUGGAACAUGGCGCGGUGCUGGUGCUAACAUAAACAGGCUGUUAAUUCGCUGCGCUUUAUGACAAGUACGCUCCUGGGAGUCAUCCACUUUGAUGGAUAUUACUUAAUGAGGGAUAAUCUAAGUGUAAUUAGCAUUUUAUCGUCGGUUUACACACGCUGGUCCGCUGAGGGCUAAUUCCGUCGGUUAGCAUCUUUGCUAUCUGGGAAGCUGUUCAUACCUUCAGUCCACUUAUGGCUUUCUAUGAAGUUUACUCUCAUCCGGCUUUGAUUCGGUACAAAACGAGCGUGUGCACGAAAGCCACGCUGUUCCUGGCGGUGGUUCUUUGCCUCACCUACAUCCCGCCGCUGCUGGUCGCUUACAGGAGCCAAGGUUUCUGGAUAAAACGGAGCACUUAUGAGGAACAGCCAGUUGUGAGGUUCCAGUACCAAACUCUGCUCGUUGCAGCAACCAGUACUCAGGGAGACCAUGUCGCCUGGAGCACCUUCCCCCAUCUUAACAACAUGCUUGGAGCCAACCUCCGGAUUCCUGCUGUCUCUGUGAGAGAAGAGGACCAGAAUGAGGACGGGAAAUUGGACCUCCUGCUCUUUCAGCUGCAGCUCCCCCUGAAACCUGAUGAGCAGGUGUACAGCGUUCAGCUGCUGCUCACCUUCAGCUACCAGCUCUUUCGGAUGUCCACAGUGGUGAUGCAGAGCCUGGCAUACGUGCAGCACUCCUCUUCUGUCCCCGGAGCUAAGCUGUUCAUCAGCGGAGACCUGAGGCUGCAGCAGAGGACGCCCUUGCCUCACCGGGGACUGUACAAUAUUUAUAACGUGUCGGUGAUCGAUGGUUCGAGCCCCUUUGCGAGUGCGUAUGACCUCGAGAACAUAAUCAGGAGCUACCAGGAUAGAAACUUGACCACAGCGCUGUCCUGUCCGACGCCCGUGUGGACUGUAGGACGAGCGGCUGCUUCUCCCUUCGAGCUUAAAGCUGAAAUCCGUUACCCUGUGGAGGUCAUUAGUUAUCGUCCUGGCUUCUGGGAAACCAUCAAAUUUGCCUGGAUUCAGUACAUCAGCAUCCUCCUCAUCUUCCUCUGGGUCUUUGAACGCAUCCAGAGAUUUGUUUUCCAGAACCAGGUCCUCACGACCGUCCCCGUACCUGUGGGUAAACCCCACAAAUCAUGAUGCAGUGAUGGGCUUUGACCUCCUCACGCCGCCUGCCUCUUUUUUCCACGUUCCUCCUUGAACUUCCUGUUGCGGUUUCCUGUGGUCUUUAUCUUGAUGGGUUCAGACGGAUCAUUUUCAUCAUCAUCAUCACCACCAUAAACUGCAACAGAUUAGAAACUAGUUUUAACUGGCCUGCAGUUACCUCGGCCAGCUAACUGAGUGUUGUAGUGGUAAAACUGGCUUCAUGUUUUUAUGAUGAAAAAUGUACUCAUCAAUAAAUUUGAGUAAGUUAGUAAUAUUUAGAGUCACCAUAAACAAACCUGCUGAAACUGAUUCCAAACACAUUCACACAGCUUCUUUUUUAUAAUAGCAAACACACAAAAACUGCAACACCAGCACCAACCAGUAUAAACUCAUCCAUGUUUGUCACACUGUUGCAAAUUAAAUGAUUAAAGGGCUUCGAUAUUUGCUGAAAAUCAGGAGCUGAUCAAUGGCUGCAGACGCUGGUCUAGACAGACUCCUCUUCUGUUGCAUGCAGGAAAUUAAAACACAAAAAUAGCGUCUGAAAGGUCAGAAUCAUCCCAGGUUCCUUCUUUGCGCACUGCGUGACCCACACUGGUGCAGCUCUGAGGUCCAGACUACCAGCUGCAUCUGUAUGAAACCAUAUGAGACUGUAGGACACGCUGGCCACAGAUGAUGUUUGGCUGUGUUAGAACAUGUUCCACAUGAGUCCAUGUAUUUACAGGCAGAGGAGCGAAACAAGCUCCAAAGAACUGUCUGUAUUCUCAUAAUUUUAUGGACAGAUUUUGAGUUUAUCUGUUUUAUACUUUUCUAUAUUUUUGCUGUUUUCUGUUUAUACUAUAGUGUGACUGUAAUUGGAGGUUAAUAAAUAAUAUUUUUACAGUUUAACAGUAUCUGCUUUAAUAUAUAUGUAUAUAUAUAUGUAUUUUUUUGUAUCUAAAAAAUGAAAACUUAAUAUUUUUUUUUUUUUUAAGUGUUCAGACUUUUGUGAGAACAGGUGUAUGAAGCCAAAUCAGAGCUUUGGGUAUUCUCAGGAGCUCAGCGGUCCAGUCGGUCAUCCUCAGACUGGGAGGUGACCAAGAACCAAACAGGAACUCUGAACUGGUUCCACUGGGUUUGCAGAUCUGCCCAGGGCUUCAGUUUCCUUCAGAGGUGGCUGAGAGAGAAGAAGUGGACUUGACACUGUUUAUGCAAGUGCUGUAUGAGCGCAGUAUCAGAGAACACCUGACUUCUAGCCUAAAUAAGGUCCACCUGUGGCAACGUUAAGGCAGUCAGGUGCACCCUGAGUCAGUUAACAGUGAAGUCCAAGUGUAGCCCGUGCAGAAGUGCUUAACUUGGGCCAAACAUUCAUAGUUAUGUUUGUGAGAAGCAGUCAGAAGACUCUGAGGACUCUGAGUUUGUCAGAACACCGGCACAUCAUCACACGACUGUGUUUUAGCAUUAGAGACAUGAAGAGAGGCCAGGACUGAGGGGAGGGUGGAUGCAGCAGGAUGGUGGACAUGUUACGG